UUUCUUGUCAGUUUCACCUCUUUGCUUUCCUCGCCGUGUUUUUCCGAACCGGGUCGCUCUGUUUCCAAAUAAAAUAAAAGAAACAUCUCGAGAUGGUACUGUUUACAGAUCUGGGUGUUAAGUGGAAGGAAGAUACACCCGUCGACGACAAAAUCAGGCGUUUAAUUAAACUGGGCUACAGACAGGUCGCAAUCAACAACGCAGUACUUCCUCCACCUACUGGCAAGACGAAAGGAAAAGGUGAAAACCAGAAGAAGCAGCUAAAAGAUCCCCGUGACAUUCUUUUACCGGAACAGAAGUUAAGACUACACAGUAACGUGCAGCUCAUUGAUACAGGUUCCAAACUGAAGCAGCUCUCUCGUUUGACUUUAAUAUUCUCCAAGGCAGAGCAGGUUCAUAAUUUGCAUUCUGCAGACAUCCAAGCCUAUGACAUACUGGCUGUGCAACCAAGUGACAAGGACCUCUUUCAUAUGGCCUGUCAAACAUUGGAGGUUGACAUCAUCUCCCUGGAUUUAUCCGAGCCUCUUCCUUUCAAUGUGAAAUACCCGUCAUUACACGCAGCUUAUGAACGUGGUAUACAUUUUGAGAUUCAGUAUGGACCCCUAAUUAGGGACCAGGAGGCCCGGAAGAACAUCAUCACAAACGUCCAGACUCUGAUUGAAGUUGGUAAAGGAAAAAAUCUCAUUUUAACCAGUGGCUGUGAGAAUCCCUUAGACUUGCGAGGACCCUACGAUGUUCGAGUACUAGGUUUAAUGCUUGGUUUAUCAGAGCUCAAAGUUCGUGCUGCCCUCACAACUAAUUGCCAGUCAGUCCUAUCACAUGCAGCUGCCAGGAAAUCUGGUCGUUCCAUGGUUAGUGUGAUGAAGCUGGAUGACGUGGAAGAAAAGAAUGCUUGGAUUGCAAAGGCCACAGAUACAGAUCUGCUGGAUGAAGGUAGCUCUGCUGAAGACAGUUCCUCUUCUGAUAACAGUGACGACGACGAUGAUGAUGAUGAUGAGGGUAAUACAAAGCGUGCUCCUAAAGAUGUUUGUUCACCCAAACGGAAAAAGAGAAAACUGUGAUAUUUCAUAGGGAGCCUCCCUCUCUCCAUCCCACAUUUCAUCUGUAUAUAGACUUCUGUCUUACAUUUGGAUCCACCCCCUUCCCAACAUUUUUUUGUAGGGCUUUUUUGUAUUGGAAUAUAAAAAUGGUAAAAGUGCCAGACAAAAAAUGCCUUUUUGUUAUAUCCCUUCAUGAUCCAAAUUCAAAUCUCUCCCUGGCAUCACUUUGUCUUUCAUUCUUCCAGAGAGCAGGGGAAGGAAGGAAUCAGUUGAAAAGGUACCUGGAAUGCAAUGAAGUUCAUUCAGUCCAAUGUACUCUACUCUACAAUUUGUACUUUUUUCCGCCCCCAACCCUUCCUUAAUUUAGUUUUAGAACACAAAAUUCAAAAUCUUUGUUAGGGUUUCAUUUCACUUUCUACGGAUUGCAGUUGGGAGGUUGAUUAGAACACAGGGAUGAAAGAAACUUUAGUUUUGUUCCUAUGCACAGCUUGACCCUAAAAUCCUGUUGAGGGUUGACACUGUCCAUCAGCGCUCAAGAGAUUUAA